UGAAUUGCACAAUGAACUGUUGUGGGACACGCACAUGCAGCUGACGGACGUGCAAAACGUAAAUAAAUCGAGAGAAAUUCCAAAAAUCCAGUGAUUUUGAUGAUUUUCCACAAAUAAAAUCAUAAUUUAUCGUUGAAAGAACACCAGUGAUUAUGGCUUCGGGGGAAACUGUUGAGAAACUCGAGAAGCACCUGAAGCUGCUGAAGGAGGAGUACACAAAAUUGCAGAGAAACUACGCAGAGUUGGAGAGAAAAUACAGCCGGGCUGUUGCAAGUUCCGGAGAUAGUGAUGUCGCGGAGUUUAGUAGUUUUAUAUCGAGGCUCACAAUGACUGUGGCUGGGCUGUACAGCCGGAAGACCUAUUCGGACAUUGAGGUGAAGUUUGGUGAUAAGUCCCUGCCGGCACAUCGUUUUGUGCUCAGUGCAAGAUCCGAAGAAUGGCGAGAAGAAGUCCUCGAGGGUGUAACUGAGCUCGAUUGGUCAGAUUUAGAUAGUGAAGUAGCUUAUGCCCUUCUUCGAUGGAUUUACACGGAUGUCGUGGAUUUACAGAGCGAUGCCCUGUCUCUGUCGCUCCUCAGGGCAUCGCAUAAAUUCAAACUCCCCGGACUUUUGGGGCUCUGCGAAAGGGCACUGGUGUCCUCAGUUGGCGUACGCUCGUGCGUUCGUUUUUACUGCGUAGCCGAAGAAGUGGGUGCAACGAGUCUCCUCGAAUACUGCUCCGGGCUCAUCUCCACCCACUGGGAUGACCUCACACCGCAAGACUUUGAGCACAUGUCCAGUCCGCUACUGUAUAAAAUGCUAAAGAAUAAGACGAAGAACCCACUUCAUGCUGCCGUCCGUUUACUCCGAGAGGAUGUUGUUUUCCUCUGUCUCGUGGAAAAUGAUGGAAUGCUUUCAGAGGUGGUGAAUAGCUUGUCGCCACAGGGACAACUUCCUCUGGGACUGGCCCUUAUGGGACGUAGCAGUGCAAUUGCUCAGACUCUCAUACAAAAUGGGAAAGCCGAUGUGAAUGCUGUGAAUGCUGAUGGAUGCACUUUGCUGAUUGAUGCCGUGAAGCGUGGUGAUGGGUUCUCUGCCCUCUUCCUCCUGGAGAAGGGUGCCAAUGUCAAUUUAACCAGUAAGGUCACCGGUGACACUGCUCUCCAUAUUGCUGUGACGUUCUCAAAGAAAUCCACCGAUGAGGACACCUUUGAGGAGAUGCUGAAGGUUGGUCAGAAAAUUCUCGAAUGCCACCCCAAUGUGAAUGCUCAAAACACCCGUGGCUACACAGCGCUACAGAUGGCAAUUCUCUCUGGGCACGACGAGAUGAUUGCAGCUCUGCUUGAGUGUGAAGAUUUGAACUUGAACUUGAGGACAAAUGAUGAGAAAAGUGCCUUGCAGUUGGCUCUCCAGAGUAGCGAUUUGUCGCUCGAUGUGGCAAAGAGUUUCAUUGAGAAGGGUGCAGAUGCCAAUGUGAGAUACUCAGAGACUGGCAAUGAUCUCCUACAGAUGCUCAUUGUGACGCAACUGGAGGAACCGGCGAUAUUUCUCACGGAAUUCGCAAAUCUCAAUCAUGUGAAUAAGAGUGGGUUGACUGCUCUUCAUUUGGCGUGUCAGAAGAGCAUGACAAACUUGGUGAGGACACUCCUGGACAGGGGUGCUGAUCCCAAUGUUCAGAGUUCAAUGGCUGAAAUGCGGACAACACUCCAUUUUGCCGUGGUUGAGAAUAAUUUGGCAAUUAUUGAGGCUUUUGUGGAGCACCAAAAGAGCAGCAAGGAGAAGCCGGAUUUCAAUUUGAAAGACUCAAAUGGAGAUUCACCGCUGAGUUUGGCACUGGCGCUGGCUAAGAAGGAUCUCGUGCCGGCACUUAUUGAUGGUGGAGCGGAUGUUAAUGAUAGAAAUGGGCAGGAUUUGACGUUACUGCAUCAGGCAAUUCUCAAAGAGGAUGCCAGUACGGCGAUAUUUCUCCUUAGUCAGGGUGCUGAUAUGAAUGCCUUGACAGGGGAGCAGGAAUCUCCACUACAGCUGGCAAUCCACUGCAGUUUACCAACAGUUGUGGAUGCUCUGUGUACUCGAGGAGUUUCCUUAAGUGCGCCUGAUGGGAAGGGAGAGUCCCCACUGUGGAGUGCUCUUGAGAUGGAGAAAUAUGAUAUAGCUGAAGUGCUGGUGAGGCAUGGCGUGGAUACAGAUUGCUGGGGUCCUGGACCCGAUGGAUGUCUUCAGACUCUUCUCCAUCGAGCAAUUGACGAGAAUAAGGAUGAUGCAGCGAUCUUCCUCAUUAAGAGUCGCUGUGACGUUGAUUCCCCCCGACAACCUGGCCCUGAUGGUCAGGGAGGUGACGAGGCGCGCGAUAAAGCCUCCCCGUUGCACCUCUGCUCCCAGUGGGGCUUGGUAAAUGUCCUGCAGACUCUAAUUGACCAUGGUGCCAAUGUGAAUGCCGUGGAUUGCAACAACAAGACACCCCUUCAUGUGGCAAUUGAGAAUCAGCACGAUGAGAUGAUUGGGAUUCUCCUUUGUCAUCCGAGUAUUGAUCUCCGGCAGAGGGAUAAAUCCGGGAAUACUCCCUUCGCUGCAGCUCUCACGGUGAGGAAUCACAAAGCAGCACAAAAUAUCCUUCAGCGUCUCCCUAAUGCAGCAGAACAAAUUGAUCAGCGUGGUAGGAAUUUCCUUCAUGUGGCCAUUAUGAAGGAUGAUUUGGAAUCGGUGCUCUUCCUCCUGGCCAUCAGGGUGGAUGUCAAUUCACGCGUGCACGAUGUCAAUCAAACGCCACCGCUGCAUCUUGCUGCGAGUUCAGAGAAUGAGAUGUUGGUGAGGAAUUUAAUUCUAGCCGGAGCGAGGGUAAAUGAGCGUGAUGCUACAUCCAAGACUGCUCUCCAUGUUGCCGCUGAACGUGGACGGGUGGCCAAUGUGUCGGCACUGCUGCAGAAUGGUGCGGAUUUCGAUGCAGUCGACGGGGAUGGGAACAAUGCGUUGCACAUUGCGGUCAGGGAGGGACAUUUGGCCGUUGUGCGGGAACUUCUAACGGAGAGUGGAAUAAAUGCCGAAGCGGUGAACAAUAAGGGGUACAAUCCAAUGCUGGAACUCUGCCGAACGGGCAAAGAUAACACAGCAGCGACAAUCUGUGAACUCUUCUUGGAGUGCAUGCCAAAGUAUCCGAUCAAUCAGACAGACUUUCAGGGCAAUACGCCCCUCUUGUUGGCCUUCAUGCGCGGCCAGGCGCCCAUGUGUAAGGUGCUGGUGAAGAAUGGUGCGUGCCUUGGGACGGAAAAUAAGGAUGGUGUGAAUAUUUUUAAUUUUCAACUAGCCACCAAUCAGCUCCUCCACAAACUCCUCGAUCAACUGCCCCAGGAAUCCCCUUGGGCUGCAUCGGAUGUGUGCCAGGAGUGUGGGGAGAAGUUUUCAUUCACAACUAGGAAGCAUCAUUGUCGACACUGUGGUCGCAAUCUGUGUAGCCGUUGCUCGAAUAAUGAUGUCCCCAUCAUCAAAUUUGGCAUCAAUAAACCCGUCCGGGUGUGCGCAGUUUGCUUUGAAGUCCUUCAAAUUGGAAGUGGGUAAAGUUUUUUUUUUAUAUUAAUUUUCUAGUUCAAGAAUAAAAAGAAAAAUUAUUAUACUUUUUAUUAAAUAUACAAAAAAGAAGAAGAAGAAACCAAUAA